AUGGUUCGUUACGUGCCCCGUUUGGCUGACGGUCAGAAGGUGAAGUUGGCCUGGCCGUUGGCCCUUUUCCGAUUGAAUCACAUUUUCUGGCCCCUGGAUCCGAGUACGGGCAAGUGGGGACGAUAUCUGGAUAGGAUUCUGGCCGUCCUGGGAUGUCUCAUCUUUGUCCAGCACAACGAUGCGGAGUUGAGGUAUCUACGCUUGGAGGCUGGGAAUCGGAAUAUGGAUGAGUUUCUCACUGGAAUGCCUACCUAUUUGAUUCUGGUGGAGGCUCAGUUUCGAAGUUUGCAUAUUCUUUUGCACUUUGAACCGCUCCAGAAGUUCCUGCAUCGUUUUUACACUACUAUUUACAUAGAUCCUCGCAAGGAGCCGGAAAUGUUUCGUCAGGUCGAUGGGCAAAUGCUUAUCAAUCGUUUGGUUUCCGCCAUGUAUGGAGCAGUUAUCUCUGGCUACCUCAUUUCACCUGUCUUUUCGAUCAUCAACAAGAGGAAGGACUUUCUUUACUCGAUGAUAUUUCCUUUUGAUACGGAACCUUUGCAUAUUUUUGUGCCUUUGCUUCUGAGCAAUGUUUGGGUAGGCAUCAUCAUUGAUUCCAUGAUGUUUGGCGAGACUAGUUUACUCUGCGAACUGAUUGUCCAUCUGAAUGGCAGUUAUUUGCUAUUGAAGAGAGACUUGGAAUUGGCUAUACAAAAGAUAUUGGCUAAGAAAGAGGGUCCUUAUAUGGCCAAGCAGUUGAAGGAUUUGAUUAUACAAACUCUGCGUAAGAAUGUGGCUUUGAAUCAGUUUGGAGAACAGCUGGAAGCCCAAUAUACAGUGAGAGUUUUCAUAAUGUUUGCCUUUGCAGCGGGUCUGUUGUGUGCCCUGUCUUUUAAGGCCUAUACGAAUCCCAUGGCAAAUUACAUUUAUGCCAUUUGGUUUGGAGCUAAAACGGUGGAGCUGCUAUCCUUGGGACAAAUUGGUUCAAACUUGGCUUAUACGACAGAUUCCCUUAGCUCCAUGUACUAUCUAACCCAUUGGGAGCAGGUCCUGGAGCAUUCCACAGAUCCCCAGGAGAAUCUGCGUUUGCUGAAGCUUAUUAACCUGGCCAUUGAGAUGAAUAGCAAGCCAUUCUAUGUAACUGGCUUGAAAUAUUUUCGCGUGAGCCUGCAGGCCGGCUUGAAAAUAUUGCAGGCAUCCUUCUCGUACUUUACAUUUCUCACCUCAAUGCAACGUCGACAAAUGAGCAAUUAA